CAGUUGGGGAUAGCGGCUAGGAACAUAGAUUUUUGCUCUUUAACUGCAUUCAGCGUUCAAAAAAUAUUCGAGCACCUACUGUAUGCCAGGUUCUGACCUCGGCGCUGGAGAUGGUGAUGAGCAAGACUAAGUCCCUGCUGUCACUGAAUUUUACCUUCUACUUGGGACGGACUGACAAUUGAGUACCUAGAGUUACUUAAAAAAAACAACAAAAAGCAGAUAUUAGACACUAUGCAAAUGAUUAAAAUCAGUUGGUAGACUAAUGACAAUGUCAGGAGAGAGUUAAGUCCAGAUCUGAACGACAAAAAAGAACUAACCUCAAGAAGAGCAGAAGGAAUAGCCGUUCAGCAAGAGGAGACCGCAGUGCAGAGGCCCAACGUUGGUAUCCCUCUUGGCUGUGAAGGGAAGAUUUACAGGCCAUUGUACCUAGCGCACAACAGAAGUAGUUGAGAAGAUGGCUAGGUACUGAUGUAGAAGUGAGAAGGGGCCAGAUCAUGUAGAACUUUUGAAAGCAUUGACUUGAAGACCAUCAGAGAACAAGAUGGUGUUCUGUUUGAGGACCUGCAGAAGAGAGUGUCUGAGAAGACGGAGGGAGGUGAGAUGGAGGAGGAGGAGGAAGAGGAGUACGAUGGCGAUGAUGAUGACUGGGACUGGGAUGAUGGAGUUGGGAAACUCACCAAGGGUUCUAUCUCGAAUGCAAGGAGUAACGCCCAGGCAAAUCGACAGACUUUCAAUUGCAAUUCAGCCAAAAUGUCUACUCCAGCAGACAAGGUCUUACGGAAAUUUGAGAAUAAAAUUAAUCUAGAAAAGCUAAAUGUUACUGAUUCUGUCAUAAAUAAAGUCACCGAAAAGUCUAGACAAAAGGAAGCAGAUAUGUAUCGCAUCAAAGAUAAGGCGGACAGAGCAACUGUGGAACAGGUGUUGGAUCCUAGAACGCGAAUGAUAUUAUUCAAGAUGUUGACUAGAGGAAUCAUAUCUGAGAUAAAUGGCUGCAUAAGCACAGGAAAAGAAGCUAAUGUGUACCAUGCUAGCACAGCAAAUGGAGAGAGCAGAGCCAUCAAAAUUUACAAAACUUCUAUUUUGGUGUUCAAAGAUCGGGAUAAGUAUGUAAGUGGGGAAUUCAGAUUUCGUCAUGGCUAUUGUAAAGGAAACCCCAGAAAAAUGGUGAAAACUUGGGCAGAAAAAGAAAUGAGGAACUUAAUCAGGCUAAACACAGCACAGAUCCCAUGCCCAGAACCUAUCCUGCUGAGAAGUCAUGUUCUUGUCAUGGGCUUCAUUGGUAAAGAUGACAUGCCAGCGCCACUGUUGAAAAAUGUCCAGUUAUCAGAAUCCAAGGCUCGGGAGUUGUAUUUGCAGGUCAUCCAGUACAUGAGAAGAAUGUAUCAAGAUGCCAGACUUGUCCAUGCAGAUCUCAGUGAAUUUAACAUGCUGUACUACGGUGGAGGUGUGUACAUCAUUGACGUUUCUCAGUCCGUAGAGCAUGACCACCCACAUGCCUUGGAGUUCUUGAGAAAGGACUGUGCCAACGUCAACGAUUUCUUUUUGAAGCACAGCGUUGCUGUGAUGACUGUGCGGGAACUCUUUGAAUUUGUCACAGAUCCGUCCAUUACACAGGAGAACAUGGACGCUUACCUCUUAAAGGCCAUGGAAAUAGCAUCUCAGAGGACCAAGGAAGAAAGGUCCAGCCAAGAUCAUGUGGACGAAGAGGUGUUUAAGAGAGCAUAUAUUCCUAGAACCUUGAAUGAAGUAAAAAACUAUGAAAGGGAUAUGGAUAUAAUGAUGAAAUUGAAGGAAGAAGAUAUGGCCAUGAAUGCCCAACAAGACAAUAUUCUGUACCAGACCGUUACAGGAUUGAAGAAAGAUCUGUCCGGAGUUCAGAAGGUCCCUGCACUUCUAGAAAAUCAGGCUAAGGAAAAGGCUUGUUCUGAUUCAGAAGAUGCUGGAAGCUCUGAGUGUUCUGACAUAGACUCAGAAGAGCAGGGAGAACAGGCCUGCUCCAGGAAACCCACUGCUGACGUUGAAGUUGAUAAAAAGGAAAGAAAAAAGAUGGUCAAGGAAGCCCAGAGAGAGAAAAGAAAAAACAAAAUUCCGAAGCAUGUGAAAAAAAGGAAGGAGAAGACGGCCAAGAUGAAAAAGGGCAAAUAGAACCAGAACUCGAGACAUAGAGUAAUCUUCCAUUAGUCGCUUUUCCUGCCUGCGUGGUGAGCUGCACCUAGAAGGCAUUCUCACGGCGCUGUCGUGAGCAUGGGCUCAUGUGUUCUUGUGUAAUUAUGUAACAAGCUCUAAGUUCUCCUGUCUAGAUGACUGCCUCUGGGUGGUAUUGACAGGAUUUAUUUAAACUACUAUUUUAAUGAAGAACUUUAUACUUUAUACAAUUUUAUUUUUAUAUGUAUUUUUUUCUCCCGCAAUAUGUUUUUCGAAGCGUAUGUCAUAAAUGUUUAAAUGUGACCAACAUCCAUAGUCUUUAUGUAAGUGUAAAGGCACUUUGGACAGACUUGGGUAGAUUGUUUUUGCUUUGCUCAUACUGCCAGAGACCCAUCUGAAUUCAUUUGAUCCUAGGGCCGUGGUUUCUGUGGAAGGGAGUUUCGUUUCUAAGAGAAUUCAUUUGGUUGUUGAUUCAGUAAUCAUCUACUGCGACUCUGUUCUGUGUGCAUUGCUGCUCAUUUGGGAUGCACUUACUCUUUGUCUUUGUUACUCUUGAGUGAAGACAUCGCAGUUCAUAAGCUAUUUCACAUUCAGCUAUUUGGCCUGUUCCGUUCAUUCAUCGAAUAUUUGAGUGUUUUAGGUGCUAGGGAUACAGCAGUAAACAAAACUGAAAAAUUACCACCUUCAGGUUCUUUACCUUUUGAAAGCAAGACAUUAAACUAAUAAAUAAAAAUGUAUCAGUAGGUGGUAAACUCUGUGGUGAGAAAUAAUGCAGAACAGAGAGAAUGCCUGGGGAGGUGGGAGUUUGCCAUUGAAAAACAGGUCACACUGAGCAGCUACAUUUGAGCAAAUACUUGAAGAAUGGGAGUCAGGUGUGUAUCAGGAGAGAAGAGUAUUCCAGGCAAAGCAAACAGCAAGUAUGAAGGCCCUGAGGCAGAAGUGUGCCUGGAAUGUUCCAGAAACAAGAGGCUCCCAUGACCAAGAAAGACAUCAGAUGGUGCUAGGCUGUUAGAGGAUUUUGAGCAGAGGAAUGAUAUGAUCUGACUUGUGUUUUGGAGGGGUCUCGCUCUCUGGCCUCUGUGGAGACCUGAGUAGGAAGUGAGGGUCUGGCCUCUGUGGAGACCUGAGUAGGAAGUGAGGGUGGGAGACCAGAGGGGCAGUUACUGUAGUAACCCACAUGGGAGCUGGUGGUGGGUCUCUCUAGCAUGGUGGCAGCGGACAUGGAGAGAGCGGUGGGAUUCUAGGUUUAACAGAGUGGGGUGAACUGGAUGUGCUAAGGGAAUAUGUGAGGCAUAUGACAAAGCGAGGGAUGGCUUCAGGGUUUAUGACCCAAGCAACUGAGACACUGUUACACUUGCCACUUCCCGUGUUGGGAAGGAAUGUGGCUGGAGCAGGAUUGGGAGUAAGCUUCCACUGCAACAAAGCACAAAAGUCAAAAGAAAUUAUAAGUUUUUAAUUUUUCGUACCAUAUAUUUUAUAUUGGAAAUACCUGUUUUAGCCCUUGCAUCAGAAAAAAUUGCUAUAAAUAAACUUAGUUUCCCUGAAACUGAAGCUUGCACCUGGUGGUUUGAGGGUUGGUGGGCUAUUGGGGGGGGGGGCGGUCAGCUGAGCUUUUAAAAUAUUAGGUCGCAUUUAUUAUGUUCAUACUCUCCUCUCCUCCUGACUUUAAAAAGUUCCGAAUCCAAAAUGUAAUUUCAGUGAAAUACAACAGUAGCCCAUCUAAACUAUUCUACAGUUAGCCAGAGAGAAACAGAAACAGACUUAGCAAUCCUGUACACGUUUGGGGAUUUUAUCUUCAGGGUCUUCCCUUUCUCAUACAUGUUUGGUCUUACGCUCGCACGAGGUGUGUUUGGGGGGUCCAAGCUCCUCAGUGCUUUCUUUUGCUGAAUCUAAUGCCAUUACAAAGUUUGGAAUCAGUUUCUCUUGGGCAGAAGUCAUGUCGGUAAGAUGAUAACAGGGACAACACAUUCUCAUUGGCAUUGCUGCUGGGAGGAAGAGGCUUGUAAGAUGCCACAAUUCGGGACUGCCGGGGAAUUUUAAUUUGAGGAACAUUCUUCUGAUAACUGUCUUGCUGUUAGGCCGUUUCCUUGUUUGGAUUCUGGGCUGCAGGCCGUACCGACUAGUAACCACUGCUUAUAUUGCUGGCAAACUUGUCUGAAACCAUAUUUCCGCAUUCCUGUCUUUCUCACUGGAAGGCUUGGAAGAAGGAGCCCUAUUCUUAGGCAACUUAGAGGGCUAUUUGCUGACUUUGGUUGCAAUUGAAUUUUGAGUGUUGACAGGUUUGAAGUGCCCGUGGAUUCAUUAUUGGUUGUACAAUUACUUUCCAUUUGGAGAGGUGGGGUUUGGGUCUUGACUCGAAGGCUGGGAUAUAACUUUGUCAGUUGUAGAUGUAUCUGAUUUCCUGUCCUAUCUUGUUGAUAUUUAAUCCUUCCGAAUAAUGAUUUCUGUUUACUGUGAGAAAUUGGGAUCCUUUCUUUGAAGCACAAAAUGAGAGCUCUCUUCUGUGCGGCUCUAGUUGUCCUUCUUCCUUUGAUAAAGCAGUUUGGGAACAGAACUUCCACUGGCCCAGGUGCUCCAGCGUUUGAGCAUGGCCUUGCAGCGAAGAGACGGGGACCAAAUGGGAACCCGGGGUUCUAGGCUGGUGUCAGGUUUUCUUCAGCUUUAUCUCUACUUGAUGAAGAUGGACUCAAGAGGUUGGAAAACUCUGUGGUUUGGUACUAAGUUGUUGGAGACUGUCUCUUCUUUUCAUGAAUGUUCUACUGAACUCGGUGCAGGUGGCUUGCUGUUUCUUGGUAACAGGCCCAUCCUGUUUUGUGGCUAUGAUUUCAUUAAUCUUUUGGCUCAGAAAAUGAAGAGUUGAAAAAAAAAAUUCUUCUAGAAGCUGGUAAAAGUUCAGUUUAAGGAUAACUCAAAUGUCAUGGGCUCCAAAUGAGGACAAUAAAAUCCUUUCAUUUUCAAAAAGCUUGACAGGUUUUCUAAUUUUUAGUUGUCUGUACACAUAGUAAGUAGAGACCAUGCCCAUUCGGAGCUCUACCUUGAUUUCUGGGGGUUACUUUUUGAUGACGAAAGAGUUGCACGGAUCAGCAGCUCCUCAAAGUUUAGUUUCCUGGAAGGGUGUUUUGUGACCACAUCAGAUGGACAUGGUUUUCAACCACGGGUAAUCAUAAAGCAAGAGCUCUUUAUGUUUUGUCUCUCGAAUAGGAUUAAGUUAUCACACUCCCUACAUUUUGGUAGCAGUUUUUAACUUGCAUAGCCUUUGGAUUGGUGUUGCCUGCCUUCGGCUCAGGUCAUGAUCCCAGGGUCCCCCUGCUCAGCGGGGAGCCUGCCGCUCCCUCUGCUUGUGUGCUCUCUCUCUCUCUGACAAAUAAAUAAAAUCUUUAAAAAAGAAAAAUUGUCCCAGGGGAAAUCGUAGUACAGGGUAUCAAAUCAUUUAAGCUAGUUUCCAAAGGAGAAGAUGCCUUUCUUGCAUCUGUGUCCUCCAGAGAUCUCAGUCCCAGUAGACAGUGUUGUGGAAACCUUUGGACUUGAAUUUGAAGAACCAAAACUUGAAUUGGUGUAAUUCUUGACUGGUUUUUGGCUUUCCUUCCUUUUCUGUGUCACUGCACAUCCUGCAACAGGCAGGCCAUGAUUAUGAUAUCAUCUCAUAUCUGUCCUACAGCUAGACUAAUCACACAGCCAUAAAAUCCUUGUCCUUGGGUUUUUUAUUUUUCCAGAAUAGUAAGAGGGUCAUUUAAUGUGUGAGCAGAGCUAUCUCUAGCUCUCUAGAGAGGUUUCCAUGUCUCAGUGCUACUUGAUAGUUUUUGUUUAAAGGCUGAUCAACUUCGUCGUCUUUGGGUGAAAUUUUCGCCUUUACAAAUCCUGUAUGUGAACGUCAUGGGGUUCUAGAUUUGUCAGUGAAAAAGUGGUGGGUCCUUGGGGCCAAAAAAUUGUUGGAGUCAGGAUGCUGGAGUGCAGAAGCUGGAAAGACAGAGGAGGUCAGAGAAUGGGACAUUUAAGGUCAUGCUCUUGGAGGGUUGCCCUCAGUGUAAUACCUGCGGUGCAGCCAUGGGUGUCAGGGGCUGCAGGAAGGGAGCAGACAAAAGCACUGAAGGCUGGAAGGUCAAGGAGCUGAGGCCAGGGCUUGGCAGGGCCGUCUGUGUUAGGACAGGCCUCAUUUUAGAGCAUCAGUAAGGACCCUGCUUGAAUCUUCAGGGAGAGAAGGAAAGUGGGCCAUCGAAGCCUGCCACGUGGAGGGGAAGUGAGUGGUGUCUGAGGACAUGAGGGCAGGGCAGGCAGUGCCCUCAGGAGAGCCAGGGUUUAAAUGGGCUUAAGGAAAAGGGAACCGUCAGGAGGCGCCGAGGACACAAGGCUUUUUGCUGGGGUCUGACCAGGAGUUCCGAAAGGCCCUGCGGGGAUGUUUCAGGACUUAGAAAAGUGGGAAGGGGUCUGUUUGAGCUCAGGUGCAGGCCCCUCGGUGGCGUUGGUGGCUUCAGGUUCUCCGAACCUGGUGCCAUUAAGUAGGCAAGUGCCAUGACUGUGGUGGGGAUAGUAGCAGUGUCCACCUCACAGAGUUCGUGUGAAGGACGCUGAGGAGAGCGACAGGCAGUGUGGUGAGUUGGGGGCCCACUGCUCAGCCACUGCAAGGGGACAGGCAGGCACGUGCGUGCUUCUGGUGCGGUGCAGGGAGAAGCACACACAACCACCUGUGAACCACCCUGCCUCCUGCGCAAGCCACCGAACCCGAAUCCAGGUAGCCUCCAGGUGUGAUCAGUGACAGGAAUACACCGCUCACAGGGACGGGGUAGUUGAGGCUGGGAGGAAUCGGUCGGCCGCAUCCGAGUCAGAAGUUUCGCUAGGGAAAAAGGAAGAGCUAUCGCAAACCGUGAAAGCAGUUUAAGAGACAUGCGUGCCAAUGCUGGGGACUUCGUUUGGAUCCCAAUUAGUCCAAACCAGUUGUAAAAAGAUGGACUUUUUGGGACGCCUGGGUGGCUCAUUUGGUUAAUCAUCUGCCUUUGGUUCGGGUUAUGAUCCUAGAGUCCUGGGAUCGAGUCCCGGGUUGGGCUCCUUGCUCAUCGGGGAAUCUGGCUCUCCUUCUGCCUCUCUCUCUCUUCUGUCUCUGAUAGAUAGAUAAAUAAAUAAAUAAGUAAAUCUUUUAAAAAAUGGAUUUUUUUUGUUAGACAAACAAAUUUAAAAUGGAGUAGAUAUUAGAUGAUAGGAAGGAAUUGUAGUUUUAUUGGCUAUGAUAGUGCUGUUGUUCCAUUUUAAAAAGUGUGGUCCAUAUGGGCUGAAGUCUUUAUGCAUCUAACAAAUAGGAUGGCUGGGAUUGCUUGAAAAUACUCCAUCUUUAUCCCCAUCCUUACAGUAGAUGAAACAAGAUCAGCAGAACAUUAAUAAUUAUCAAAGCUGAGUAAUGGGUGUAUAUGGAUCCAUUGUAUUAUUCUAUUUCGAUGUAUAAAAGUUUCCAUAAGAAAAAGGGGUUUUUUUAACGAGUUAAAGUGUGUCACAAACAGGGUUUGUCACAGAGUAGUAGUGUCUAUAUAUUUGUCUUACUAUUUUUAAGUAACCUUUUUUUUU